GGGUCGGGUGCGGUAACGCGGCUGUUGUGUGUAUGAGGAGCCGUGUAUUUGGUUUUCAGUUUUAAAUUGUCAAUUUGAUGUGUUUCAGGUGAUUUUUUCAGAACGUACGGCACUUCACAGAAGAAUUCAAGAAACUUGCGAUCCUAGGCUGAUUGAAAUGCUUUUGUAGGCACUGGAAGUCCUAGGAGGACGAGAAACUUGGUUGAAGUGGCUUGAACAAAAACCGGUGGUGUGCAAGUCAACUAUUUACCGGCUUUUGAAGACGCACCAUGGCUGACGCAACUGCACGCUCACUGCAGUAUGAAUAUAAGGCGAACUCGAACCUCGUCCUCCAAACCGACCUCCGGCUGGUGGAGCGGCGAGGCAGAGAUGAGGCCACUGGAGAGGUCGUCUCGCUGGUCGGAAAGCUGGAAGGCACCAGAAUGGGAGACCGCGCCAAAAAGGACAAACCCAAGAAAACCGACGAGCGCAAAGUCAAGCGUCAGAAGCGUGAUGAGGCGCAGCACGACUUUGCCAAGAUGCGCGGCACGACGCUGCUCUCUGAGGGCGUCGAGGAGAUGGUGGGCAUCUACUACCGACCCAAGACGCAGGAGACGCGGCACACGUACGAGGUGCUGCUCAGCUUCAUCCAGGAGGCCAUCGGAGACCAGCCCCGUGACGUUCUGUGCGGCGCGGCCGAUGAGGUGCUGACCGUGCUGAAGAACGACCGCAUGAAGGACAAGGAGCGCAAGAAGGAGACGGAGGGCCUUCUCGGACCGCUUGCCGAGGAACGCUUCGCCCUGCUGGUCAACCUCGGCAAAAAGAUCACCGACUUCGGCGCCGAGGUCAAGGCCAACACGGCAGUGGACCAGCUGGACGACACGUACGGCGUGAACGUGCAGUUUGAGGAGUCGGAGGACGAGGGCGACAACGAGGACGUGUACGGCGAGGUGCGAGAGGACGACGACGAUGAUGAGGGCGAGGAGUCCAAGGCCAACAACGCCAUCUCGGCCGCCAAUCUUCAAGGAGGCGACGAAUCGCUGAUGAAGAAGGAGAAGGCUCUUCACCCGCAGGACAUCGACGCCCAUUGGCUGCAGCGGCAGCUCUCAAAGUACUACACGGACCCGUUCGUAUCCCAGGCCAAGUCGCGCGAGGUGGUCGAGGUCCUCCAGUCGGCCGAGGACGACCGAGAGGCCGAGAACAAGCUCGUCAUCCUGCUCGGCUACGACGCCUUCGACUUCAUCCGCACACUGAAAAAGCACCGCCAGAUGAUCCUGCACUGCACGCUGCUGGCGUCGGCCCAGUCGGACCAGGAGCGCUCCGAGCUGCGGCAGAAGAUGGAGGCGGACCCGCAGCUGAGGAAGAUCCUCCGCCUGCUGGAGAACGCCGUCAGAGAGGAGCUGGAGGAGGAGGAGCGGGUGGCGGCCGGUGCCGAGCGCCGACCCGCCCAGCUCGAAGCCAUGGAAGUGGACGGAGAGGGCGGACAGGUGUCUGGUGCGCGCGAGACGCUGGACCUGGACGACCUGGUGUUCUCUAGCGGCAGCCACUUCAUGUCCAACAAGAAGUGCCACCUACCCGACGGAUCGUUCCGCAAACAGCGCAAGGGCUACGAGGAGGUGCACGUGCCGGCGCUGAAGCCGAAGCCGUUCGAGCCGAACGAGCAGCUGGUGCCCAUCCGGGACAUCCCCAAGUACUCUCAGCCGGCGUUUGAUGGCUUCAAGUCGCUGAACCGGAUCCAGAGCCGGCUGUACCAGGCGGCGCUGCACUCAGACGAGAACCUGCUGCUCUGCGCGCCCACCGGCGCAGGAAAGACGAACGUGGCGCUGCUCACCAUGAUGCGCGAAAUCGGCAAACACAUCAAUGAGGACGGCACCAUCCGCGCCGACCAGUUCAAGAUCAUCUACGUGGCGCCCAUGCGCUCACUCGUACAGGAGAUGGUCGGCAACUUUAGCAAGCGUCUGUCGGCAUACAACAUCACGGUGUCGGAGCUGACGGGCGACCACCAGCUGUCCCGAGACCAGAUCGUCAGCACCCAGAUCAUUGUCUGUACGCCGGAGAAGUGGGACAUCAUCACCAGGAAGGGCGGCGAGCGCACGUUCACGCAGCUCGUCCGCCUCAUGAUCUUCGACGAGAUCCACCUGCUGCACGACGAGCGGGGCCCGGUACUGGAGGCGCUGGUGGCGCGCACCAUUCGUAACAUGGAGCUCACACAGGAGCAGGUGCGCCUGGUCGGCCUGUCGGCCACGCUGCCCAACUACCACGACGUGGCCAUGUUCCUGAGAGUCAAACCGGACACGGGUCUGUUUUAUUUCGACAACUCGUUCCGCCCGGUUCCGCUGGAGCAGCAAUACAUCGGCGUCACUGAGAAGAAGGCCAUCAAACGCUUCCAGGUCAUGAACGAAAUCGUCUACGAAAAGGUCAUCGAGCACGCGGGAAAGAACCAGGUGCUCAUCUUCGUACACUCGCGCAAGGAGACUGGCAAGACGGCGCGGGCUGUGCGUGACAUGUGCCUGGAGAAGGACACGCUCGGUCAGUUCCUGCGCGAGGGAUCCGCGUCCACGGAGGUGCUGCGAACUGAGGCAGAACAGGUGAAGAACCUGGAGCUGAAGGACCUGCUGCCGUACGGCUUUGCGAUCCACCACGCCGGCAUGACGCGCGUGGACAGGACGCUGGUCGAGGAUCUGUUCGCCGAUCGGCAUAUCCAGGUUCUGGUGUCGACGGCCACGCUGGCCUGGGGUGUGAACCUGCCGGCGCACACGGUCAUCAUCAAGGGCACCCAGGUGUACAACCCAGAGAAGGGCCGAUGGACAGAGCUGGGCGCCCUCGACGUGCUUCAGAUGCUGGGUCGCGCCGGUCGACCGCAGUACGACACCAAGGGCGAGGGCAUUCUGAUCACCAACCACUCGGAGCUGCAGUACUACUUGUCACUGCUCAACCAGCAGCUGCCCGUCGAGUCGCAGAUGGUAGCACGGCUAUCUGACACGCUGAACGCCGAGGUUGUGCUGGGCACGGUGAAAAACGUCCGCGACGCUGUCAACUGGCUCGGAUACACAUACCUCUACGUACGAAUGCUCCGCUCGCCGGCACUGUACGGUGUCAGCCACGACAUGGUGGAGGCGGACCCGCUGCUGGAGGGCCGUCGGGCCGACCUUGUGCACACCGCCGCCCUGGCACUCGACAAGUCGGGGCUGGUCAAAUACGAGCGCAAGACCGGGCUGCUGCAGGUGACUGAGCUGGGUCGGAUCGCCAGCCAUUUCUACCUGACGCACCAGACGGUACAAACCUACAACCAGCUGCUGAAGCCCACGCUCUCCGAGAUCGAGCUGUUCCGCGUGUUCUCCCUCUCGGGAGAGUUCCGCAACGUUGGCGUCCGAGAGGAGGAGAAGCUGGAGCUCUCCAAACUGAUGGAGCGUGUGCCCGUGCCCAUCAAGGAGUCGAUCGAGGAGCCGAGCGCCAAGAUCAACAUCCUGCUGCAGGCCUACAUCUCGCAGCUGAAACUGGACGGCUUCGCGCUGAUGGCCGACAUGGUGUUCGUGACGCAGUCGGCCGGCCGGCUGAUGCGAGCCAUCUACGAGAUCGUGCUGAGCCGCGGCUGGGCGCAGCUUGCCGAAAAGUCGCUCAGCCUCUGCAAGAUGGCCGACAAGCGCAUGUGGCAGUCCAUGUCGCCGCUGCGACAGUUCAAAAAGAUCCCUGACGAGGUGGUCAGGAAGAUCGAGAAGAAGAGCUUCCCGUUCGAGAGGCUGUACGACCUGGGACCCAGUGAGAUCGGUGAGCUGAUCAGGGCGCCCAAGAUGGGCAAGCUGAUCCACAAGUAUGUGCAUCAGUUCCCGAAGCUGGAACUGUCCACUCACAUUCAGCCCAUCACCAGACAAACGCUGAAGGUGGAGCUGACCAUCACGCCCGACUUUCAAUGGGAUGAAAAGGUGCACGGCCGCGCCGAAGCCUUCUGGAUUCAGGUUCUGGACGUGGACGCCGAGAUUCUGCUCCACCAUGAGUACUUUUUGCUGAAGCAGAAGUUCGCGCAGGACGAGCACGUCGUCAAGUUCUUCGUGCCCGUGUUCGAGCCGCUGCCGCCUCAGUACUUCAUCAAGGUGGUGUCGGACCGCUGGAUCGGCGCCGAGACGCACCUGGCCGUCUCGUUCCGCCACCUGAUCCUGCCCGAGAAGUACCCGCCGCCGACCGAGCUGCUCGACCUUCAGCCGCUGCCGGUGAACGCGCUGCGCAACCCGGCGCUGGAGGCGCUGUACAAGGAGCAGCUGCAGCAGUUCAACCCCAUCCAAACGCAGGUGUUCAACUCGGUCUACAACUCGGACGACAACGUGUUCGUCGGCGCGCCGACUGGCUCCGGUAAGACCGUGAUCGCGGAGCUGGCCAUCCUGCGCCUGCUGACGACCCAGUCGGAGCCUCGCUGUGUGUAUGUCACACCCAAGGACGACCUGGCCGAGGCGGUAUACAACCACUGGAAGGAGAAGUUCGGCAGGCGGCUGGGCAAGAGGGUGGAGCUGCUGACCGGCGAGACGGGCACCGACCUCAAGAUGCUGGCCAAGGGCGCCAUCGUGGUGUCCACGCCGGAGCGCUGGGAUGUGAUGUCCCGCCGGUGGAAGCAGCGCCGGAACGUGCAGGCCGUCCAGCUGUUCAUCGCCGACGAGCUGCAGCUGAUUGGAGGAGAGACCGGGCCCGUGCUGGAGGUCGUCUGCAGUAGGAUGAGGUACAUCUCCUCGCAGCUGGAGAAGCCCAUCAGGGUGGUGGCCCUGUCGUCGUCGCUCUCCAACGCCCGCGACGUGGCUCAGUGGCUGGGCUGCGCGCCGCAGAGCACGUUCAACUUCCACCCGAACGUGCGCCCGCUGCCGCUGGAGCUGCACAUUCAGGGCUUCAACAUCACGCACGCCGGCUCCCGUCUGCUGGCGAUGGCCAAGCCGGUGUACCACGCGCUGUGCCGGCACUCGCCGCUGUCUCCCGUGCUGGUGCUAGUGCCGUCGAGGAAGCAGUCCCGCCUGACGGCCGUUGAGCUGCUGACGCUGGCUGCCGGGGACGGAGCCGCCGGACGAUUCCUGCACGCCGAGCUGGCCGAUAUACAGCCGUUUGUCGAGCGGAUCACUGACAAAACGCUCCGCGAGACGGUGUCUCAGGGCGUGGCGUACCUGCACGAGGGUCUGUCGGUGGCCGACCGGCACCUGGUCGAGCAACUGUUCGACUCGGGCGCCCUGCAGGUCGCCGUGGCCUCUCGCUCGCUCGUCUGGUCGCUCAGUGUCUUCAGCCACCUGGUCAUCAUCAUGGACACACAGUACUACGACGGCAAGACGCACUCGUACGAGGACUACCCGAUCACGGACGUGCUGCAGGCGGUGGGCCGCGCCAACCGCACGCGCGACGACCACGACUCCAAGUGCGUGCUGCUCUGCCAGUCGUCGCGCAAGGACUUCUACAAGAAGUUCCUCUACGAGCCGAUCCCGGUGGAGAGCCACCUGGACCAUACACUGCACGACCACUUCAACGCCGAGAUCGUCACCAAGACCAUCGAGAACAAGCAGGACGCUGUGGACUAUCUGACCUGGACGUUCCUGUACCGUCGGAUGGCGCAGAAUCCCAACUACUACAACCUGCAGGGCGUGACCCACCGGCACCUGUCGGACCACCUGUCCGAGGUGGUCGAGAAGACCCUCUCCGACCUGGAGCAGUCCAAGUGCAUCACUGUGGAGGACGAGAUGGACGUGUCGCCGCUCAACCUGGGCAUGAUCGCCGCCUACUACUACAUCAACUACACCACCAUCGAGCUCUUCUCCAUGUCGCUGAACGCCAAGACCAAGAUCCGCGGUCUGAUGGAGAUCAUCGCGUCAGCGGCCGAGUACGCCGAGCUGCCGAUCCGGCACGGCGAGGACACCCUGCUCUCGGGCCUGUACCAGCGGCUGCCCAACAAACUGCAGACGCCCAG